UUGCUGACCUUUUUUACCCCCCAACACCCGGCGUGUUUUAUUUAAACUCAUUUACCCAGGCUUACCGGACUUCCAAGAUGUUUUCUAAUUUGCACAUAAUUUCUUGUUCGUCCGUCAUUGUGAAGAAAUCCCAGGCGUCGUCCCCCAGUUGGCUGCUGUCGUGCUGGCGGGUGGUCUCCUUGUUGAUGUGUAAAAAAACAAUAGUCGGCGUGACCGCGCACAGUGGCGCGUUCCCGCAAGGUGAAGCUGUAUGGCUACUUGUGACGUGUGCUACGUCCCGGAAGUACAAUACUUUCAACCAGAGGUACCUAGACUUUUUUCCAAAGGAGGGCCUCAAACAUAUAAAUUCCCCACCAACCUCUUGUGAUUGGAUGCUCCUGGUUGAACAAAAGAAUAUAAAUGUUCGCGUUACGAGCAUGGACGCUGAGCUGGAAUUUGCCAUCCUUCCCAGCACCACUGGCAAACAGCUUUUUGAUCAGAUAGUGAAGACAAUCGGGCUGAGGGAAACCUGGUUCUUUGGGCUUCAGUAUCAGGACAGCAAAGGCUACUCCACUUGGCUCAAGCUCAACAAAAGGGUGACUGCUCAAGAUGUAAAGAGAGACAACCCUUUGUUGAUUAAGUUCAGGGCCAAGUUUUACCCUGAGGAUGUUGCAGAAGAACUCAUCCAGGAGGCAACGCAACGUCUCUUCUUUCUGCAGGUAAAAGAGAGCAUCCUUAACGACGACAUCUAUUGUCCACCUGAGACCGCUGUGCUGUUGGCCUCUUAUUCGAUUCAGGUCAAACAUGGAGACUUCAGGAAAGAUUAUCAUGUACCAGGAUACCUAACAAGAGAAAAGCUGCUACCCCAAAGGGUUUUAGAGCAGCACAAACUGAAUAAGAAUGAGUGGGAGGAAAGAAUCCAAGUGUGGCAUCAAGAACACAAGGGAACGCUGAGGGAGGACGCUAUGGUGGAGUACUUGAAAAUAGCUCAGGAUCUCGAGAUGUAUGGGGUGAACUACUUCAACAUCAAGAACAAGAAAGGAACUGAGCUCUGGUUGGGAAUAGAUGCUCUGGGCCUCAACAUAUAUGACAAAAACGACAAGUUGACUCCAAAGAUUGGCUUCCCCUGGAGUGAGAUCAGAAAUAUUUCCUUCAAUGACAAGAAGUUUGUCAUUAAGCCAAUUGACAAAAAGUCUCCGGACUUUGUUUUCUACGUACCUCGUCUUCGCAUCAACAAACGUAUACUGGUUCUAUGCAUGGGAAACCACGACUUGUACAUGCGCAGACGUAAACCUGACACCAUUGAGGUACAGCAGAUGAAGGCCCAAGCAAAAGAGGAGAAGAACAAGCGGCAGAUGGAGAGGGCUCUGCUCGAGAGUGAGAAAAAAAAGCGUGAAAAUGCCGAGAAGGAAACAGAGAAGAUUGCUCGCGAGACCAUGGAGCUGAUGGAGAGAUUGCGACAGAUUGAAGAGCAGACAAAGAGAGCUCAAAAUGAGCUGGAGGAGCAGACUCGCAGGGCCCUUGAGUUAGAGAAGGAGAGGACGCUUGCACAAGAGGAAGCUGAGAGCCUGGACAAUGACCGCAGAGCUGCCAUGCAGGCCAAAGCCGCCCUGCUAAAAUAUUCACCGUCUGAGAUGAAAAGUCAGGAAGAUUUGGCCAUUGAGCUGGCAGAGCUUACAGCGAAAAUCUCCCAGCUGGAAGAUGCCAAGAAGAAAAAGGACGAGGAGGCAAUAAGAUGGCAGAAAAGGGCGAUGAUGGUAGAAGCUGAUCUGGAGAGAACCAAAGAAGAGCUGAAGACUAAAAUAAUGGGUAUCCACAUCCAGGAUUCGGUUCAACCUCACAUGCAUGAUCAUGAUGAGACGGAUGAGGGCAGCGCAGAAGCGAGUGCUGAGUUGAUGGCUCCCGACACGGUCCGUGACCGCAGUGAAGAGGAAAGAGUAACAGAGGCUCAAAAGAACCAGAGACUGCAGAAAAACCUGAAGUUCCUGAGCACUGAGCUUGCUCGAGCUGUAGAUGAGAGUAAAAAGACCCCCAAUGACCUGAUCCACGCUGAGAAUGUGAAGGCGGGUCGUGACAAAUACAAGACCCUGCGUCAGAUUCGUCAGGGCAACACCAAGCAACGCAUUGAUGAAUUUGAGUCCAUGUGAGAGAAGUCCAAUGAAUAAGGAGGAUGGCUAAUUGAAUUGGAUCAAAAAUGUAUAAUCACUAUUAGUAAUAAUGUAUCUAAGAGACGGAUGAAGAGCAUGAACACGACAACAAAUAAUAUCAUAACAUUUAAUAUCCUUGAUUUUCAAUGUUUUUUUUAAAUUAAUACUUUUCUUACAGUAUUAGUCAAAACUAAGCAUUAUAGUUCCAUUAAAGGCAUCAUUUCUCAUACAAGUCUUGUAUUGGAUCUUUUUGUGUAAGUGUAUGUUAUUAAUUUUGAGGUUUUAGACUGUCCUGACAUUUAGUGUUAUACUUGUUCUUCUCACUAAAUGCUAAUUGAAAUGUUUUUUUUGUCGCCAAUAAAAUCUGUUUAUUGACAGUG